AAUACACUUCAUUUCAUCCAACUCUGUCUGGCCACCACCUUCUUCCAUCAACUCUCUAUCUCUCUGUCUCUCUCUCUCUGUAUGAUUUUUCAUUGAGAGAGUGUGAGUUGGUUUUCUCUUCUCGCUGGUUUUCUCUUCCUCUCUCACAAAUGGAGAGGCCUUUUCUGGGCGGAGAAAGCAGUGGAACUGGGGCUCGUCGGAGAGACCGCCAUAAUCGGUCUGAUGCUAUAGCUUUUGGGUCGCCUUAUGAAAAGGCUGCGGCGCUGGUUGAUCUGGCUGAAGAUGGUAUUGGUUUACCUGAGCAAAUUCUUGAACAAUCAAACUUCCAGAAUGCUGCAAAAUUCUACUUCAUGCUUAUUCGACUUGAUUUCAUUUGGGUCCUCAAUUAUUUUGCAUUGAUAAUCCUAAAUUUCAUAGAAAAACCUUUGUGGUGUACCAACUAUUCUACAUAUUCUUGCAACAACAGGGACUACUUUUAUCUUGGGGAACUGCCCUAUUUAACCGGGGUGGAGUCUCUUGUAUACGAGGGCAUAACUCUCAUCAUAGUUGUGGCACAUGCUUUCUUUCCAAUCUCGUAUGAAGGGCAUCGCCUUUAUUGGAAAGAUCCUCUUAAUCGCUUGAAGGUGGCUUGCUUGUUAAUUUUGGUUGCUGACAUAUUGGUUUAUGCCAUCUAUUUGUCUCCAGUGGCCUUUGACUAUCUUCCAUUCAGAAUCGCACCAUAUAUCAGGGUCGUGUUUUUCAUGCUUAACUUUAGGGAACUACGAGCAACCAUCCUCAUCCUGGCCGGAAUGCUUGGCACGUUCUUGAAUGUCUUGGCUUUAGGGCUGUUGUUUCUUCUGUUUUCCACUUGGUUAGCCUAUGUUAUUUUUGAAGAUACCCAACAGGGAACAACAGAAUUUACUUCAUACGGUACCACUCUCUACCAGAUGUUUGUUCUGUUCACCACAUCCAACAAUCCAGAUGUCUGGAUUCCUGCAUACAAGGAUUCGCGUUGGUAUUGUUUGUUUUUUGUACUCUACGUGCUAUUGGGGGUUUACUUCGUCACCAACUUGAUUCUUGCCGUUGUAUAUGACAGCUUCAAAGGUCAGCUUGCAAAACAAGUUUCUAAGAUGGAUGGUAAUAGAAGACGUAUCUUGGAGAAAGCUUUUAAUCUCGUAGAUAAAGAUAAUCGUGGAUUUAUUGACAAACAACAGUGCAUUCUACUGUUUGAGGAACUGAACAAAUACAGGACUUUGCCAAAAAUAUCGAAGGAAGAAUUUGAGUUGAUAUUUGAUGAGCUUGAUGAUAGUCACGACUUCAAGAUCAACUUGGAUGAGUUUGCUGACCUUUGCAAUGCCAUUCCCCUAAAAUUCCAGAAGGAGGAGUCUCCAUCCUGCUUCGAAAUAUGUCCAUCAUUCUACCAUUCAUCCUUUUCUGAAAAGUUUAAAGGCUUUGUACGCAGACCCAUAUUUGGAUAUGUAAUAUCCUUCAUUUUGGUACUGAAUCUGUUUGCUGUUAUUGUUGAAACAACGCUUGAUAUAGAAAACAAUUCUGCUCAACGGGUGUGGCAAGAGGUAGAGUUUGUCUUUGGGUGGAUAUAUGUACUGGAAAUGGCUCUAAAAGUAUAUUCAUUUGGAUUUAAGAAUUAUUGGAUGGAUGGCCAAAAUCGCUUUGAUUUUAUGGUGACAUGGGUAAUAGUUAUCGGAGAAACCUUAACUUUUGUGUCCCCUGAAGGUCUAACAUUUCUUUCCAAUGGAGAAUGGAUCCGCUACCUUCUUCUUGCAAGAAUGUUAAGGUUGAUAAGGUUGCUGAUGUAUGUUCAGCGUUACCGUGCCUUCAUUGCCACUUUCCUAACCCUUAUACCAAGUUUGAUGCCAUACCUUGGGACCGUAUUUUGUGUCCUAUGUAUAUAUUGCUGUCUUGGCGUACAGAUAUUUGGUGGGAUUGUCAAUGCUGGAAAUACUAGUUUGGAAGCAACAGAUCUUUAUGAUAAUGACUAUUUACUUUUCAAUUUCAACGACUAUCCGAAUGGGAUGGUGACACUUUUCAAUCUACUAGUCAUGGGAAAUUGGCAAGCAUGGAUGCAGAGCUACAAGGAUUUAACGGGAACUGCAUGGACCCUUACUUAUUUUGUCAGCUUCUACUUAAUAACUGUGUUACUGCUCUUGAAUUUGAUUGUAGCUUUUGUCUUAGAGGCAUUCUUUGCUGAAAUGGAUAUCGAGUUAUCAGGAAAAAGGGAAGAAGAGGACAAGGAUGCGGAUGGAGAAAAGGACCGUCGACGAACUGUUGGCACAAAAUCACGAAGCCAGAGGAUUGAUGCUCUUCUCCAUCAUAUGUUGAGUGCAGAGCUCGAGCAGUCACAAUCCUCCAAUCCAUAGCUUCGCUUCAUUCCAAUUAUAGAAGUGAAUUUGCCUAUUAAUAUCUUUGACUCAGAAGAUUUGAUUACUUUACGAGACUUUAUAAACCUACAUCCUGUUGUCCCAUGGAUUUGGUAUUGUAAAUUUAAAGUCAGAUCUUUAUAAAUUGCUCAUAUUUGUGUUA